AUGAGUGAAGUAUUAACUAUGAUGAGAUUUGAAUUAAUACCAAAUGAGAUUUUAAUGGAAUGCUUUGGAUAUCUUAGUGCAUCUGAAAUUUUUCAUGCAUUUGAUCGAUUGAAUUAUCGUUUUUGUAAACUUAUUCGAAAUAUUCAAUUAUACCUCAAUUUUCAUCAUAUUCGAAAAUCAUUAUUUGAUCGAUUUUGUAAAAAAAUGUUAUUAGAACCACACAUUAAAAUUAAAAUUUAUUCGAUGCAUUUGUCAAAUAAAGGUUCACAUGAUCAAAUUGAAACAUUUCUAUCAUUAUUUUCAAUUGAUGAAUUUCCUAAUCUUCGAUCAUUAACAUUGACUCAAGUUACAUAUGAAAAUAUAGAAAAAGUGAGAUCGAUGUUAUCAUCUAUACCAGAAUUAUAUUCUCUUCACUUGAUCGAUUCUGAAAAUAUAGAGGCUGGCACAUUAGUUCCUUUAACAACGUCUAAAGUAAGAAUAUUAUCUGCAGACACAUUAGUAGUUUUACCAACAUGGUUCGAGAGAUUCUUAUCAAUUACAAGUUUCACAGUAUUAUCUAGUGAAGUUUUUGAUUUGUGUCGAUUGAUGGAAUAUAUGCCAAUGUUAAAAUAUUUACAUGUUGAACAUUGCAUUUAUAUGGGUAAAUCAUAUACUAAGCAGGCGCGUUAUAAAAAGACUUGUGCUAUUCAUUUAAAACAGUUGAUUGUUGAUGACUUAGAGUUUCGAUUCGAGACAUUUCAAAAGCUUUUAGAAACAACACCCAAUCUAAAAAGUUUAACACUAUCUGCAGGUGGUAGGCCAGAUAUGUUUGAUGCAUGUCAAUGGGAACAUUUGAUUUCAUCUUCAUUACCUUACUUAAAGAUUUUCAAAUUCCGAUUUGGAUGCGCUUUUGUAUAUUUUGAUAAUGACUACAUUAAUAUGUUUGAACGAUUUCAAAAUGAUUUUUGGCAUAAACAACAUCAUUGGUAUACUGAAUGUUUAUUAACAAAAUCUUCAAUAUUUAUUUAUACAACAUCUUACGCUUCAUAUAAGGAUCGAUUAAGAAUGACUACCAAUGAGAAUAUUUAUAUUAGUUCAAUUUCAUUGUUUGAUGCAACAGAUUUAACAUCGAGACAACAAGAAAUAGAACAAAAAUGUCAAUCUUAUUUUAAGAAUAUAGUUUCAUGUAAAAUAGAAACAUCAUCAAUAUUAUUACAAAUAUUAAAAGAAGCACCUCAAUUAUCAACGAUAACUAUUGAUCAAAAACAAUUAAUAUCGUUUUGUAAUGAUGAUGAUGAAUUGUGCAACUAUUUAAGUAAAAUGAUUCAAAAAUUAGAUUUAUGGCAUGACAACGAUCGUUCUACACCAGCAUUUAAUAAUUAUGCUGAAUUACGAAAGUUUUGUAAAAUAUUUUCUAACGUUGAGGACCUUCGAUGUUAUAUUGAUAAAAAAACUGAAUUUCUAUUUGUAUUAAAUCAGCUAUCAAAAUUAUCAAAUACAACAAUUUUUAUGACAACAUCAGAUAAUCGUAAAAGUGUUUUAAAUUGGAUUAAAAAAGAAUUAACAAAAUUAAAUGUAAAUUAUCAUAUAGACAGUAAUCGAUGGUAUGCAGGCGACGAUCACGUGAUGGUUAAUAUUUGGAUGGGUUAA